CCACGUGUCAAAUCAUCUCCUCCCUUAAACCCUUGUUUUCUCUCUCUCAAAACCCUUAGACCCUUCCCCUCUCUGUAAUCUCAAGUAUGUGAAAUUUCCCUUUUGGGCGUGUUUCUGAAAUUGCAAUUGGAGACCCAUUCACUCGAUUGCUCUCUUUUAUACCCCGAUGGGGAUAUCUCAUUUCUCUGAAAUUUAUCUUCCUGUUGUAUCAUUCAUCUGUUGAGUCUCAAUAUCUCUGAGCGCAUUACAGAUUUUGGCUCAUUUUGGUCUCAACUUUGCUCGUCUUAGUACUCGUUAUUUGAAUUGAGAAAAUGCUGUCAAUCAGGAAACUCAAGUCUCAUAUCACACCGCUUUCCCCUUACUCCCUGCUUUCCUCGCUUCUUUGCAGUGAUCACAGCAUUCCCAUAUGCCGAAUUCGUGGGUUCUCGAGAGACAGGCCAUUUUUUCAGUUUAUCAGCCCUUAUUUGACAAACUUAAACAUGGGAAAUGCUGUUCUGGAUUCUCGGAGUGGGUCAAUUCAGUCCUUUUCGAGUAUGGGUGGAACAAUCUUGGUCCAGGCUCGGGACCCAGCUAAACUAUGUGAGGAAUUGGAGAAUGCAAUUGAUGGUCAUAGGUAUAGUGAUGCAUGGAAGUUGUUUGAACAGCAUAUGGGUAUGGAAGGGUUUCCUAGGAAAUCCAUCGUGAACACGGUAUUGACAAGUUUUUCAGAAAGCCUUGAUGUUCAGUGGCUUGAGAAGGCUUAUGGGUUGGUGGAACGGGCUUUUGCAGAGAGUAAGCAGAAUUUGUUGGAGAAGGAGACUCUGAUUUACAUCUCUUUUGGUCUUGCAAGUUGUGGAUUGCCAGUUCCUGCAUCUACUGUUUUGAGGAAAUUGGUUGAAAUGGAAGAGUUCCCUCCUGUCUCUGCUUGGUCUGCUAUCUUGGCCCACAUGUCACAAACGGCUUCAGGAGCAUAUCUUGCUGCCGAGUUGAUUCUUGAGAUAGGUUACUUGUUCCAGGAUGGCAGGGUGGAUCCGCGUAAAAAGAGUAAUAGGCCUUUGCUUGCCAUGAAGCCUAAUACUACGGCCUUCAACAUUGCUUUAGCCGGGUGCCUUUUGUUUGGGACUACUAGGAAAGCAGAGAAGCUCCUUGACAUGAUGCCUCGAGUUGGUGUCAAACCUGAUGUGAAUUUACUUAUCAUAAUGGCACAUAUUUAUGAAAGAAAUGGGCGAAGAGAAGAUCUUAGGAAGCUUAAGAGACACAUAGAUGAAGCCCAUAAUCUAAGUGAUAUUCAGUUUCGGCAAUUCUACAAUUGUUUGCUUACAUGCCAUUUGAAGUUUGGGGAUUUAGAUUCUGCAUCCCAUAUGGUUUUGGAAAUGCUUCGAAAGGCAAGGGAAGCACGGAAUUCCCUUUCAGCUGCUACACUCAUGUUUGAAGCUGUUGGAAGUGGUAAUACAUCUACUCAAGAACAGGUUUCUGAAAAAAGCUUAAGCCAUAGAAAGUCAGAUGGUUUAGAGAAUGCUAGACCAAAUACAAGCCUGUCCAUAUCUUAUGAGGAGUUUUCUAGAGACAGAAAUUUCUUAAAGCUUGAGGCCGAGGCAAAAGAAAUACUUGAUAGGCUGUUAGCAAAAUUGCAGAUGCAGGUUGAGUUUAUUACAACUGAACGUGGAAUUCUCCAACCAACUGAAAGAAUUUAUGUGAAAUUGGUCAAGGCUUUUCUGGAAGCUGGCAAGACGAAGCAAUUGGCGGAGUUUCUAAUCAAGGCAGAAAAGGAAGAUUCUCCAGUUUCCACUGAUAAUUCAGCCUUGGUUCAUGUCAUUAAUUCAUGCAUCUUGCUUGGUUGGUUAGAUCAAGCACAUGACCUACUGGAUGAGAUGCGCUUGGCUGGGGUUAGAACUGGUUCUUCUGUGUAUUCUUCCCUCCUAAAAGCAUAUUGUAAAGCAAAUCGAGCAGGAGAGAUCACAUCACUGCUUCGAGAUGCCCGAAAGGCUGGAGUCCAGCUGGAUUCAAGUUGUUAUGAAGCAUUGAUUCAAUCCCGAGUGCUUCAAAAAGAUACUGAAGGGGCCCUCCAUGUAUUCAAAGAGAUGAAAGAGGCUAAAAUACCAAGAUCUGGUCAUCGAGAAUUUGAGAUGUUGGUUAAGGGAUGUGCAGAGAGUGGUGAAGCAGGUCUGAUGGCAAAGCUGUUGCAUGAAAUCAAGGAAGAGCAAAGAGUGGAUUGUGGAGUUCAUGAUUGGAAUAAUGUAAUCCAUUUUUUCUGUAGGAAGAGACUGAUGCAAGAUGCUGAGAAGGCUCUGAAGAAGAUGAGGAGUUUAGGGCAUGCCCCAAAUGCACAAACUUUUCAUUCUAUGGUCACUGGGUAUGCUGCUAUUGGGGGAAAAUAUGUGGAGGUAACAGAGCUGUGGGGCGAGAUGAAGUCUUUUGCUUCUUCUUCCUCGAUGAAGUUUGAUCAGGAACUCCUAGAUGCUGUACUUUAUACAUUUGUCAGAGGGGGUUUUUUUGUUAGAGCUAAUGAAGUUGUGGAGAUGAUGGAGAGAGGAAAGAUGUUCAUUGACAAAUAUAAGUACAGAACCCUCUUCUUGAAAUACCAUAAAACACUUUAUAAGAGCAAGCCUCCCAAAGUCCAAACAGAAGCCCAAUUCAGAAGGAGAGAUGCUGCAUUGACUUUUAAGAAAUGGGUAGGCUUGUUUUAAUGGAGCUUUCGGUCUAUUACUUGCAUUUCGGAGCUCUACUGAGUCUACUCUAAUGGCCCUCAAUGCCCUACAAAUUCUUCCAACAGUUACAAAGCUACACCAGUUGUCUUCUACACAUAUCUUCUGCUUUCUUGCACUAGCAUUGGUUCAGCUGGUGGGUGAACUUCUUGAGCCAUUUUGGGUUGAUGAAUGUUCAGUUUCUGUAUGCUACAUAAAAAUGGUUUGUGGUUUCCUGACCAUUUGAAGGAUGUUAAUCUCUGUUGUUCAAUUUUUGGUUAAAUAUAAAUGACGACCUCUGAAAACCCCACUUGAACCGAAGGAUUCAGCCGAAACACACUAUGAAGAAGUCAGUGGUAUCAGAGGAGCUAGAAUCUCUGAGAGAUUAAACUACACCUAUACCUCAAUAACCCUUUUGCAAUAUCAUGUUGGUAAUCCAUCUUGUGAGAAAAUCCUGUGGCACCAAGAAAAUCCUGAGAAUGAAAUAACUGGUUUCAGGAACCCCUUAAGGACUAUGAAUCCUGUUGCUGAGCUCACAGUGACUCACUUUCAAGGACCGAGAGUCUUGAGACAUCAUCUCAUCUUGGAGUUGAGUGCAUAGCCAGUGCUUUGACAUAUUCAAUUUUGUACAGACCCUUCUGGGUAUUCGGUGCCAAUCACCAACACUCUUCUGCCGAGCUUCACCUGAUGGAACGACCGAUAUCUUGGACUAUAGCAUCAGGUCACCAAUGCUCACCCUUCUCAAUUUCUGGUGGAAAAAAAUCAACUGUUUAUCUGUGCUCCUAGGGAAAUUGAUCUCAUUCUUUGUAUCCAAGUUCAAUCCUAUUAUUUUGUACUUCUUUGGGAAACUUGUGUUUUGAUGGGGUCAUUUGAUAAAUAUAUGGUUUUUGAAACCCAAUUUUAUGAAAUAUGAUAACCAGAUUUUAAUAU